UGUGCUGGCGGACACGAGGUGGUCCAGAUGGUUUGUGAAAUGAAACUCAGGGGCUCCUUUGGUGCCAAUGCGGCUGGCAGCAUCCUGCAGCGGUUCGGUGCUAUCGCCAUCUACCCGCAGCAGAUCCUGGAGGAUGUCCUGCCCAAGGUGCCCAGCACUGUGAGGGAGUCUGACGUCCCCAAGCUGUUCCGGGAGCCAUACAUCCACAGCGGUUACCGGCCGGUGGAGCAGGACUGGAAGUAUUACCUGCUCAGCCUCUUCCAGCCCCACAACGAGGCUCUCAACGUCUGGACCCACCUGCUGGCAGCCCUCGUGCUCCUGACCCGCUUCGUUGUCUUCCUGGAGACCGCCUCUCCUUUCCCCACUGUCUACAGCCUUCCGCUCUGCUGCUUCGUCCUGGCCUGCGUGAUCUACCUGUCCUGCAGCGUGCUGGCCCACCUUUUCCAGUCCAAGUCCGAGCUGGCGCACUACUCCUUCUACUUCCUGGACUACGUGGGGGUGGGCACCUACCAGUAUGGAAGUGCCCUGGCACACUACUACUACUGCACGGAGCUGGACUGGCUGUGGGUGAUCCAGCCCUUCUUCCUGCCCCUGGCUGCCCUCCUUGGCUGGCUCUCCUGCAUCGGCUGCUGCUUCUCUAAGAUCCACUUCCAGCGGCCUUACCCCAUCCGCCGCAAGGUGUUCCAGGUGGUGCCCGCCUUCCUGGCCUACGUGCUGGACAUCAGCCCCAUUGUGCACCGUAUCACCAGCUGCUGGGCGACGGGCUGCACCGACGACGCCGUCUGGUAUCACAGCCUGCAGAUCCUCCUCUUCGUGGUGGCCUCCGGCUUCUUCUCCUGCCCAGUGCCAGAGAAGUACUUCCCUGGGAGCUGUGACAUCGUCGGCCACGGCCACCAGAUCUUCCAUGUCUUCUUGGCUCUGUGCACACUGGCCCAGCUGGAGGCUGUGCUGCUCGACUACAGGAGCCGGCGGGAGGUGUUCACUGCCCGAGGCGACGAGGGCACGGUCUACGCCGCUUGCAACCUCUUCAUGCUGCUGCUGAUGUGCAGCAGCUGCUCAGCGCUCUACCUGCGCGGUGUCAUUAAGCGCAGACUACGGAAGCGAGGGGACUGAGGGCCGGCUGGGCUCCCAGUCUUGGUCCCGGCUUUAUCUGAGGA